AUGGCAGCAAGCGAAGAUUGCAGGGACUCUCAAGAAUUACAAUUAAUUCAAGAAAAAGCUAGACAUUAUUUCAACCAACUGAAGGACUUAGAACCAAGUUCGUCAUCCUGUUCACGAAACGUGACAUUUUCUGCGAGCAACGGCUGGUUUGCUGGAUUUGUACAACGGUACGCACUUCACAAUGUGAAGAUACAAGGCGAGGCAGCGUCCGCCGAUGAAACGGCUGCUAUGAAUUAUCGCAAAGUAUUAGCGGAAAUCAUUGAUGAUGGUGGAUAUUGCCCAGACCAAAUAUUUAAUGCUGAUGAGACUGGGUUAUUCUGGAAAAAGAUGCCCAGUCGAACAUUAAUUGCGAAAUCGGAGAAAACUGCAAGUGGUUUUAAAGCGGCAAAGGACCGAAUCACACUUCUUCUUUGCAGUAAUGCCUCUGCAUGGGUCACAUCAGCUGUAUUUACAACAUGGUUCAAUGAUUGUUUUGUACCAGAAGUUGAAAAAUACAUGGAAGAGAUGGGUCUUCCGUUUAAAGUAUUGCUAAUUGUAGAUAAUGCACCCGGUCAUCCCUGUAUAGAACAUCCUAAUAUACAAAUGGUGUUUUUACCACCAAAUACGACCAGCCUUAUACAACCACUGGAUCAGGUUCGCCAGUCACUUAAGGAUCCCCUUAAACCUGUGUACGAAAUCCUAAGUAAAGAAGAAUUGUUGCAAAGGUGUCUAGGAGGUUAUACACAAAACAAUAAUGAAAGCUAUAAUCAGAAAAUUUGGAAGAUCGCUCCGAAAUCGACUUUUGGCAACCUUAGAAUAAUUGAAACUGCUGCUUAUGUGGUUGCGAUUACUUUCAAUGACGCAAAUCGGUUGAUGCACGCUAGGAUCAAGGCACAGCAACAGACAAAGGAGGCGAGAACUGCUCGUAAGCAGGCAAAAUCAAUGUUAAAUAUGACAAAUGAAGCUCAGGAAGGUAUUUCUUAUGGCUCUGGAAUAUCUGAGUAA